GAGAAGCUCACACGUGCCUGUUAGUAUUCUCGCAAUGGUCGUUGCAUUCCGCGGCUCCAUCUCCCUCCCGGGCAGCCCGAACCCCAGCGAGGAGAACAAGCCCCACCACGCCCGCUCCACCAGCCUCCCCUCCCUCUCCCACCCCGCCGUCUCGCACCUGCACGGCCAGAUCUGCGCCCUACGAUCCUGGCCACUGCAGCCCGACUGCCGCCACUCUCCGCCCCCCGCUGGGGAAUGGAUCGUCGCUGGAUUUACCGGCAUCGGCCGACUCCAUGAUGCCCUCCACGACUUACUCCGCCUCCCCCUCGCCAGGGACCGGCUCCGCCCCGCCCCCUGGGCCGACCGCCUCCUCGACGCGUUCCUCCGCCUCGCUGACGCGCACGGGUCCUUCCGCUCCGCCGCUCUCGCCCUCAGGCAGCACCUGUCCGAGGCCCGCGCGGCAACCCGGCGCCACGACCCGGGCCGACUCUCGUCCGCCCUCCGGGCCCAUCGCCGCGCCGAGAAGGCGCUCGCCCGGCUCGCCUCCGCCGCCAAGGACAUCGCCAGGCAGACCCCGCUCGCCCCAGGGCUGCCGGCGGACGAGGAGGAGAUCGCAGACAUCUUGAGGGAGGCCGUGGCGGCGACCGCGACGGCCUCCGCGGCGGUGUUCGCGGGGAUCGCGGCGGUGUCCUCGGCUGCAGAAACGGCGGCAGCUUCGGCGUUAAAGGGAUCGUCGACGGUAGGGACGCUAAUGAGGCUGUCGUCGACGACGAAGAAGGCUGCGUGGGAGUCUGAACGAGAGACUGCGGCAUUAGAGAGGUUAGAGGAGUCGAAAGAGUGUAUCGAGGGAUUGGAGAAGGGAAGCGAACGAGUGCUUAGGAGCUUGAUGAACAAUAGGGUUUCACUUCUUAACAUUCUCAGUCCCUCCUUGUAGACAUGACAUGCACGCAAAGCUCAGAGAAGAAUAAGGGUACCAUAUACUACUGUGUUGGAAUGGACACGAGGGAGAGACCUCCUUUUCUUUGUUGUACUCAACUCACAUUUGACCAAAAAGAUGUUGAGAA